CAAUGAAAGUCUAGUACCCCCGCAAUUCCCGUGCCUCCGUGUAGGCUACAGCUCGGACGGACAAAUGAUUGUCAAUGGAAUACUUGAUACAGCCCAGCUAGAAUCACUAUCAGUUUGUGUGUUCGCUCCUCGGCGUUUCUUACCCGUGUCUUUACAGUUUCGUUAUUUUCAGAAUUGACCAAAAUGUAGGCUAAACCAUCUGUUUUUGAUCAGGACGAGGGGAACGGGGGAUUUUUUUUUUUGCUAAUGUAAAAAAAAAAAAUCAUGUCGUGAGUCGCUGGAAGUUUCGUGUAUUUUCCCAAUAUAACCUUCUGUUUUGGUGAUGACUCGUCCACGUUGAAUACAUAGUUAGUAUUCGUCGCAAAGUGUGGAGACUGAAGUAGGUUAAGGGUAUUCACGUUGCAUGUGGUGUAGUCGGAACCCAACAGUCGGUCAUCAAAUCAGUAAAGGACCUCGUGGGGACUUGUUCUUAUCCCAUUCAGGUAAUAGUGGCAAAUAUGCUAAAGUAUAUAUAUUUUUUGUAAAUAUAUAUUUUGUAUGAUUAUCAUUCCUAAUCAGUAGAGAGCUGUUUAAUAUUCGAUGUUUUUAUUGUGGGCUCUGUAAAAACACGGGUAACCUUUUUUGAUAGAACUUCUUGCGGGGUGCCAGAGGGCAUGGGAGAAGCAACUCCCGCACAGCCCGCAGCAGGAGGGUUCGUACCAAUGUUAGGUCUUGGUAUGGUGGGCUCUAUGCCAGGCGGGGGGGUUGCGGGGCCGCUCGCGACCUCCCGGGGCUCUGCCGUCCCGCAGCUUCACAGCGCCAUAGUGGAACGGUUACGCGCGCGGAUAGAACUGUGUCGAAGGCAUCACUCCACCUGUGAGAACCGGUACCAGCGAGGCCAGGCCGAGAACUCUGACCGGGAACACGAGAGUACUCUUCACCUGCUGAACAUUGUGCAUCAGGGACCCGGGAAUAGGAAAACCAAGGGGAACCGGGCUUCGAACCAACAACCUCCAGACUACAGCAGAGUUAAUGGAGAACAGAAAUGCCAGAGCUCCUCAGCGGGAGACCAGAAGAUCUCAACACGAAUAGCACUCCAAGGGUCUCUGAGGAGGAAGAUCGAGGGCCAUACUCCUGGCUACUCCUCCCAACAGAAUGGCCUGUCCUGUGGGCCGUCGGGGCUGGACUUCAAACGUGUCCGUCUGGAGGGGGGCAGCGGUGGUUUGGGUGGGCCCUGUUCCUUCAACUCACAGUCCAUGGGAGGCGACGCAUCGACCCUAAACAGGAAAAACAACAACAGCAGCUACAUGAUGCCCCAUGGGGUCAUGAACUCUGACCUCAUCAACAUGACCCUGAAGGAAAUGAAGAAGGAACCUAUAGACCAUGUUACUUCCUGCGGCCAGAGGUCUACUGAGAUGAUGGUGUUCAGCAGCCAGAUCGACCCGGAGCUUCAGGAUCUGUUCGACGAGCUGACCAAGACCGUCCCGUCUCUGCACGACCAGGAGUUUGAGAAGAUGCUGAAGCAGGACGAUACGUUCGGCAGUGCGGCUACCCUCUGCUCCCACCUGGAGAAGCCCAUCAAGACAGAGUACUCCUCUCCAGACUACGGUCAGACACAUGGCCAUGGUGGCUCCUCACAGCUCCGCCCGGCAUCAACUGGUCCUUCCUUCACCAUGUCCAGCUCCUCCCCCAUCACCAACCAGAAGAGCCAAGGCCAGGGGCCCUCAGGGCUGGCUGGACCCCCCAGCAGAGGUCUCCCUGGCUGGCCUGAGGUGUCCCAUGCAGAGCAGCUAAAGCAGAUGGCAGCCAACCAGAACCAGCAGCAGCCCAACCCUCAAGCCCUGCUCCACCACCAACAGCCACACCAACAGGCUCAGGCUGGAGGGGGAGGAGGACCAGGGACCAGUUGGAACACGCAGCCCUCCUCCAGCUCCUUCCCCCAGGACAAGCUCUCCAACCCGGCCUCAAUGGGCCAGAGGAUCACCCCCCAGACCUCCAUGGACAGUCAGGGUAAAGGCAUAAACAACUGUCUGUUCAAGCCCAACGGACACAACACCUCCAGCCACCUGGAUAUGAAGGUGCUCAGCAACAAACCAAUGCUCCACUUCAGCCCCAAAGCAUCCCAGCAACCCUCCACUAUGGCAGGUCCACUGAGUAAGACUACAGCCCAUCAACAACAACAACAGCCGUCCACCUCAGCCCAGAACUUGAACACGAACCACCCAGUUCAUAACUACCAGAACCCCCAGCAGCAACGGCCCAUGUCUGGGCCUCCUCACUUGCAGCCCAAGUCCCUGGCCCAGAGAACCCCUCUCAGCCAGCAUGGACCUGGGCUCCACUUUAAACUGGCUCAACAACGACAGAUGCCUCCUGGGCCUCGUCUGCCCACCAACGGCAGCCUAGUGGGGAUGUCAGCCCAGACCCAGGCCCAGGCCAACCAACGUCCCCCUGCCCCUGGCUCCAACACCCAGCAGAAACCCCCAGGACCAGGGAAGACCCAGGUCAUGCAGAGACAGCUAGCCCAGCAGCAGCACAUCAUCAAUGACUCUGACAAAAUCAAUAGUAGCCAGGAUCUGUUUAACCGUCAUCUAACCAGACCACCACCAGACUAUAAACAGCCCCGAGGAAUGGUCCAACCUACAGGCCUUUUCACAGGUAUGAGUUCUUCCCAGUCGUUGUCGACCAACGGGUCUGACCAGAGUGACCUUCUAUCCAUGUCCUGCCACAUGCCCAGCGGCCCGGGAUCCAAGAUGACCCCUCCUCCCACGGACUGGAGGUUUGGAAGAGGCCCCCACACUCACCAGAUCCAACAGCACAACAACCAGACCAAGAUGGGACUCGGAGUCGGAGGAGGACUCAACCAAAACAAGUCCAGGUUCCCUGGUCCUCCCAACGGCCAGGGUAAUGGGUUUGAGGUGGGUGGUCUUACCAGUGUACAACAUCCCUCAAGGACAUCAGUAGGCCAACAGGGUGGAGGGAUGCCCAGUCAGGGGCAGGGUCUCGGGCUGGGGGGUGUGAUGGGCUGGCCUCCUGGAGCUAAAGCUCCCAUCAUGGUCCCUGGGUCUCUCGGGGUAAGGCAGCCCCCGAACUCGCUCCAACCACAGGGUGCCCAUUCCCAGUCUCAGCUCGACAUGUCCAGCCACCAGUACCCUCCUGGCCCCCGGCACAUAGGCCCUGGCCCACCCAACCAGGUGGCACCAGAAAUUGGCAUGCUGCCUCUGAACCCAGCCCUCCGCAGCUCCACCACCACCACCAACCCCAGACCCAACCAACCCAUGAUGCCUCCUCUGCCAGGGCUACCAAGCCUCAACCAGGCCUCUCCGGAGCAGAGGGUUCCCCCUGGGGGCAGCUCCAUCGGGGUCUUCCCACCACAUAACCACAACCCUGGGGGCAGCUCCAUCGGGGUCUUCCCACCACAUAACCACAACCCUGGGGGAAGCUACCAGACCCAGAACAGCCGGGCUGUUAACCGACUGACCUUUGAAUUCCUCCAGGAGGGAGACAACACCGUCCCAGGGAUCAACACUGACUCAGACUUCAUCGACUCGCUGCUGAAGUCUGGAUCCGGCAACGACGACUGGAUGAAAGACAUCAACCUCGAUGAGAUCCUGGGCAGUCACUCAUAAAGUGACCUCGAUGAGAUCCUGGGCAGUCACUCAUAAAGUGACCUCGAUGAUAUCCUGGGUGGUCACUCAUAAAGUGACCUCGAUGAGAUCCUGGGCAGUCACUCAUAAAGUGACCUCGAUGAGAUCCUGGGCAGUCACUCAUAAAGUGACCUCGAUGAUAUCCUGGGUGGUCACUCAUAAAGCGGGAUGAUGUGGGAUUGCAUAAAUAGGGCCCAGAGUUUUUCCAUGCAGCUCUCAUGAAUUCAGGGGGUUCAUUCCAGAGAGUUUUUCUGUAGAACAAUUCCACAGAAUUGGUGGCCAGUUUUUCAAUCAAAACAUUCCAUAUAAUUGGGAGCGCUGGUCAGGAGUUUUUCCAGGUUAGAUGGGCCAUGUGGUGUGGAAUAACUCCUGGCCUUAAUUAUAGGCUCCAACUAGAGCCAGGAGCUCCCCCCUUCUUCUGGUCUGGAUAAACUCCAGGACCCAUCCAUAAAGACUGAUAACUGCAAACGCAGAACUUUCCCCAUACAGAGACUAUGGAUGGCCUUGGGUUCUGCAUCCCAAAUGGCACCCUAUUCCCUUUAUAGUGCACUACUUCUGACCAGGAUCCAUAGGGCUAUGGUUGAAAGUAGUGCACUAUAUAGAGAAUAGGGUAUCAUUUGAAACACAGACCAUGAAUGGCCAUGAGUCAGAAUUCACCUAAAGGGAUUACAUUUGCAAAGCUAUAAUGUAAUUUUGUAAACCCAAUAUAUAAUUUGAUAUCUAAUUGUACUUUUUGUGUAUUCCUGUGAAGAAAUAUAUAUUCUGUAUAAUAAUAUUUUAGUACAUCAUAAAGGUUCAUUGAAUAAGAAGAUUCUCUGACAGCGUCUUGACCUGAUUCUGAAUAUAUUCUAUCAAACCUUUCUCUUUUCAUAACAUGGGUAUCGUCCAAAAAUGUCACCCUAUUCCAUACAUAGUGCACUACCCCGUCUUCAUUAUGUAGGGGACAGGGUGUCAUUUCUGACACAGAUAUGGGAGGUAGUGUACUGCUAGUGACUAGAGCCAUCUGGGCCCUGUAAUACAUUGGGUAGAGGGGUCCAACCAUGAACAGGAAGUGGCUGUCAUACUUCCAGACUUUGUCCCAAAUGACACCGUAAGUCCCCUUUUAUUACCAGUAGUAGGGAAUAGGGCGUCAUGGCAGGAUAUACCUCCCCUUUUAUUACCAGUAUGCUCUACCACAUAAUGCUCUGGUCAGAAGUAGAGUACUGUAGUAGGGAAUAGGGCGUCAUGACAGGAUAUACCUCCCCUUUUAUUACCAGUAUGCUCUACCACAUAAUGCUCUGGUCAGAAGUAGAGUACUGUAGUAGGGAAUAGGGCGUCAUGACAGGAUAUACCUCCCCUUUUAUUACCAGUAUGCUCUACCACAUAAUGCUC